GCCCCUUUCGUCUUCCCUUAUUGAAUAUUUCAGUUUCAUGUUGAAAACAUGCAGAGACUUAAGACAACCAGGACCAUCCGUCCCUAUUCCUAAACUAAACUCUCAGGAAAGGACGUUGUGGUGGAAUAUCCAAUGGAUGGGUUUGAUUCACAGUUGCUCAAAGAGAUCGAGGACCAUGAUAACAAUGAGAAAUUUGACUCGUCUUCUGAAACUGAGAUUGAUGAGUACAUCAUGCUGCAUUCGACCCAUAAGAAUCACCUCUUUGGACGCCAGAAGCCUCUUCACUUGGUUCUUGGCGGUGAAAAACAUGCCAAUAUCAUACUGUGGCGAAACACGCAGAUCUCAACACGCAUUUUUGCCGGUGUCACAGUCACAUGGUUUCUGUUUGAGUGCAUAGGUUAUCACUUGCUUACUUUGGUUUGCCACUUUCUUAUUCUGUCAUCGACAACGGUCUUCCUGUGGUCCAAUUUAGCCUCCUACAUCAAUGUGUCGCCCCCAAAACUCCCCGAGGUAACCCUGCCGGAUGAACUGUUUGUGAAUUUCCUUCUUUUGCUUAGGGGCAUCAUCAACCGCGCGUUUACAUCCUUCCAGGAUGUAGCUUCUGGGAAGGAUUUGAAGAAGUUUCUUAAGGUGAUUGCGGUUCUGUGGGUUCUCUCUGUUAUAGGAAGCUGGUUCAGUUUUUUGACUUUGUUAUACCUAUUGUUUGUAAUGCUAAUGACAGCGCCAAUGCUGUAUGAGAAAAAUGAAGAUGCUGUGGACAUUUAUGCUGAGAAGUUGUGGUUUGAAGUGAAGAAGCAGUCUGCUGUCUUGAAUGAAAAUGUUCUGCAAAAGCUCCCAAUCUUUCGUUCCGAGAAGCAUCAUAAGCAGCAUUAAGAAUAAGCAUAUUGCAGUGGUUAGUAGUUUUUCUCUGUUUACCAUUUGUGAGAGGCAAGCUUAGAUUUCCUGGGAGUACAUGGUACAGAGAAAGUAAACCAUUUAUCAUCUUCAAAACAAAGGAGCAAUGUAAUGCCAUGGCUGGUUUAAACGAAGUGCAAAAAAGAACAGCCUCAUAUUUGAAUAGGUUAUUGUACCAGAUAGGAUUGCUCACAGUGCUAUUUUAAAGACACUUCUUUGCUGAA